GCGACCUAUUGCCGAGCCCCUCGUGGAUGUGUCUGACAACGACCUCAAAGGCCAAAGAUGGGUUCAGGAACUGCAUCCACUGCUGGCUCAAGCCAUGACCUUGAUGACAGCGCUCUGGGACGAUACCUCGCCAAGACUGGGAGAAUCGCCAACCUGAAAUUACCUAUCGUAACCAGCAAGAUCGGGUAUGGCCAGAGCAACCCAACCUACUUUGUGGAUGAUGCAGCCGGCACCCGGUUCAUUCUCAGGAAGAAGCCCCCAGGCCAGGCCAUCAGUCCCGUGGCGCAUCAGGUCGAUCGGGAGUACAGAGUGCUCAAAGCACUUGGCUCGGUGAAGGGUUUCCCCGUGCCCAAAGUCUUCGACCUGUGCGAGGACAGUUCGAUAAUCGGAACCCCAUUCUACCUGAUGGAGUUCGUAAAAGGCAGGAUCAUGACCGACAUGGACCUGGGGGAGCUUUCACCAAGCGAUAGACGAAGGGCUUGGUUUUCCGCUAUUGAGACUCUCGCAUGGCUUCAUUCCCUGGACCCCGACCAAAUUGGGCUCAAGGAUUACGGCAAGAAGACCGGAUUCUAUAAUCGUCACUGCAACACGUGGAGUCGUAUUGAGGCGCAACAAGCCGGGGUCAAAGACGUCAAGACGGGCAAACCACUGGGCCGGGCCCAUGAAAAUUACGACAAGAUCGUCGAGUACGUGAGAAACAACUUGCCGGGCGAAAGAUAUGCUAUCAUCCAUGGAGAUUUCAAAUUCGACAAUCUGAUUCUGCAUCCUACCGAGCCAAGGGUUAUCGCAGUUCUUGACUGGGAAUUGUCAACUAUUGGACAUCCCUUAAUGGACCUCGUCUACUUGCUCAGCCCCUUCUUCGACGAUUACCACAAGGUAGGGCGUAACGUUACAGCCUCAUCACCCGCAGACUCCCCCAACCCUUACAAAACGGAGAAUCGAAGGACGAGUGGCAUACCGGAGCCGCAGGAACUCCUGGACCGUUAUGCGGAGAUUGUCGGCUUCGACCUUCACAAGGACGGCGGCGGGAAAGACUGGGACACGGCCGUCAUCUUCCACUACCUCCGAUCUGGCACGAUCAGUCACGGUAUCCAGGCGCGGACCAUCACAGGCCAGGCGAGCAGCAAGUUUAGUCAUAUCUACUUUGGACAAACUAAGGCAUCUUUGGAUGCGGCCUUUCGGCGGGUCAAGCAGCUCGAGUCGGGGAAGGGUGGAGGCCCCAAGCUUUAAUUAUAGAGCUGUCAACUAUGACUACUUCCCGCUAAGAGAAAUGAAGCUCGUAUUUGUAACGUAUUCUUCCACCAUGGGUUCGGUAUUCUUGGGGGAACCUCUCACAGCACUGCCUGAGGUGGCACGGAACUGACCCAGGGUGGUUCCCAGGCUUUUGACACCCAGCCAUGACUAGCCAUUCCUGCAAGUCGGCGACGGCGACGGCUGUUCCAAGGGCUAAUUACUGCUAACAGAAGUGCGACGGCGGCGGCGGCGGGGUGCUCGGGCACCUGAAACAGCGGGCUUGGCCGGUGGAGGACCUGCCGAUCUCCAUUAUCCAUUUCAUCUCUACUCGGG